AUGGACGACUUGCGCCGUUCCGAAGUCUUCGGGUCCCUCGAUCCGCGGGAGAAGGCCGAGCUCUCUCGCCGCUUUAACGACCUCCAGGGCCGCACCGACGAUAUGCGUGCAAACCUGGAAAAUGUCGCCCCCGAGGCCAUCAUCGAUAUCCUGCGGGGCGCAGAUAAGCUCUACCGCGUCCGCGAUACCGAUAUUGCCAACCAGGAUGCGCGGGUUGUGCGUGAGGCGGCGGAAAUGAGCGCCGCCCUCCUGCGUAAACAGAAGCUUGGGGGUGCGUCGUUCGACGUUGACGAGUUCCUUGCACGGGUUAAAGGGGUGUUGGAUAUCGAAGAGGAAGAAGUUGGGAGCGAUGAUGAGGAGGCGCCACGCCGCCAGAACCUCGGUAGUUGGGAGGCUUUGGGAUGGAUGGCGGCGCGGAUGAGCCGGCGCGCACCGGGUGUCGAGUUCCUCUACGGGCCUCUGGGAGUCGAACACACGCGUAAAGAGAAGCGACAGCGGGUGCGGCAGGCCGUCGCGCCUGAACAGCGGCCGGUCGAAAUCGAGACGCAGAGCAAGGCCAAGGCUGCCGAUCCCACUUUAGCCAACGUCCGGAGUGUCGACAAGGCGCUGCGUCGCCUCGACACGUCAGGACAAGGUCUCAACUUCUUCGCCUUUGUGUGCAAUCCUGAGAGUUUCUCGCAGACCGUCGAAAACAUCUUCUACGUAUCGUUCCUCGUGCGCGAGGGGCGCGCUGGUAUCGACGUGGCUGAAGAUGGCCUCGUCAAGAUCUACGCUCGCUCGCCGCGCAGCGAGGAUGAUGAAGGAGAAGGGGGAGUGAGGCACCAGGCGGUCAUGGAGAUGGACAUGGCGACAUGGCGCGAGGCAGUCGAGAUCUUCGACCUCCGCGAGUCGCUCAUACCCACGCGUGCGCCAGUCUCAACACAGGGCCCCUCUGCAACGGGGUGGUAUGGGGCCUAG